GGUCUCACACCGAGCCGGAACCAGAAACAACAAAGACACGGCUUUAAGGGGAAUUCAGGACUCAUUCAUCCAUUCACAGACGAACCGGACCGGGAACGCAGAACCAGAACCAGAACCAGAACCACAGAAAGUCCAGCAGAGUUUUCAUUUAUUUAAACCGAGGGUCUUUUUGAGAUCUGAGUUUAAAACUGACUGAUAAACUUCUUGGCGAGUUGGGAUUAUUUUGCGGGAACCCGUCUUCGGUUUCAGUGGUUUUGACCCGUUGGUUCCGUCCAGAGGGACUGUGACCGGAGAGCUGAUAAGCUAAUCAAUACCUGCAACAAAUCUUACGUCACCACUCCGCUAUCAUGAGCGAGAGCAACAACACCGAUGGGGGAAUAGACUGGAGCAAACUGGAGCCCACUUAUUCCGUCAAGAUCUUCAUGACCGUCCUCUACACGCUCAUGCUGGUUGCAGGCAUUGUGGGUAAUUCAGUGACCAUCAGGGUGACGCAGGUGCUGAGGCGAAACGGCUACCUGCAGAAGAACGUGACGGACCACAUGGUGAGCCUGGCCAGCUCCGACCUGCUGGUGCUCCUCAUCGGCAUGCCGGUGGAGCUCUACAGCGCCAUCUGGUUCCCCUUCGGAUCCACUUCCGGCAACACGUCCUGCAAGAUCUACAACUUCCUGUUUGAGGCGUGCAGCUACGCCACCAUCCUCAACGUGGCCACGCUCAGCUUUGAGCGCUACGUCGCCAUCUGCCACCCGUUCCGCUACAAGGCGCUGAGCGCCAAACGGACCUCGGUUCUGAUCACCUUUGCCUGGGUUGUGUCCGUUCUUAUUGCCUUGCCGUUGUUGAUCGCCACGGGAACGCAGGGACACAUUCCGCACCGACAGGAACUGAGUUUCUGCACCAACCUGAAGGAGCACUGGGUGAUGUACAGAGCUAGCAUCUUCGGGGCGUUUGUCCUCUACAUGAUCGUGCUGAUCUCCGUGGCCUUCAUGUGCCGGGCGAUGAUCCUGGUGCUGAAGAAGCCGCUGGGAUCCAUGGACGACGGCAUCAACGGGACCGAAAGGCUCAAAAAACACGAGAGCGAAACCACCAAGGCGGCUCGGAAGCAAACCAUCAUUUUUCUGGGUCUGAUCGUCGGCUCCCUGACUCUCUGCUGGUUUCCCAACCAGCUGCGGCGCCUGAUGACGGCGGCCGUCCCGAAGUCUUCCUGGUCUCUGUCGUAUUUUUGGACCUACGCGUGGCUCCACCUGGUGGCCGACGCCUGCUUCUACCUCAGCUCCGUGCUCAACCCGUUCCUCUACAACCUGUCGUCUCGUCACUUCCGCCAGGUGUUCCUGCAGGUGCUGCGCUGCCGCCUGACCGUCCAGCACGCUAACCGCUGCGCCGCGCCGCCGCCUCGCGCCUCCUCCGCGCGCUCGCUGCAGCCGCUGCUCUGGAAGUCGCUGCGUUUCGGCCGGAGGAGCGGCAGCGACCAGCAGAGGGCGCCGCCCACCUUCGCCACCUUCCAGAGAGACUUGGCGCCGUCCGGCUGCCCGGUGGCCGUCAGCCUGACCAGACCGGAAACCGGAACCGAGACAGAAAUCUGAAACGCCGCCCCGGCAUCAUGAAGCCUCGUCGUCACGGCGAUAAGACAGUUUCAUGUUUUGACGAGUUCCUGAAAAAAAAAGAUAAUUUCCAAAACUUCUGAACGUUUGGACAAAUUCAGCAGAAAACCCUCCAACACGGUGGCGCAGUGGUGAUGCUGAGGGCGUCCAGCCGGGUCCAAAUCUGCAGCAGAACGGCUGGAAGAGUCAGGCUUCAGGAACGGCCUAGUCAAAGGCAUGUUGGGCUCUGCAGAGAGACUGCUGCUGGGUCAGUGGGUGUACUUACUUUUCCACAUGCAGGCCUUUGCUUUCUUGUUUUAAUAAAAAAUGACGCUUUGAAUCUGUUGAGUUUUUCUACAAUCUGCAGCUCAAGUUUACAGAAACUUCAGUUAAAUAUUUUCUAAUAGUUCAUAUUUUCCAAAUUAUGACAGUAAUCAUCUUUAAUAACUUAAAUUGUCACCUAAAUUAUUUUCAUUUGUCUCCUUGACUUUCUGACUUCCUGAUUGGCCUAGUUAAAUCCUCUCCACUGCAGUCUGCAGGGUCCCGCGGCCCCCGGCUGCCUGUCUCUGAGGGCCGGCCCUGGGGGCCCCCUGCCUGUGUCUGUAUGGCAAGCUGCUGUCAUAAAAUCAGCUUCACCACAGUUACAUCCCAUAUUUUUGUUGCCAUGGUAACCAGGAUUUAGUCUGGAUUAGACCUGAAUGAAUUAAAUCUGCUGGAUUAAAACUGAAAACAGGAAGAAUUUUCAGAUGAGAGUUGAUAUAAAAUCUGUUUUUAUAACUGAGAAAAAAAGAAAUUUAAAAAACAAACUGAAUGUUUUUCAUUUAUUAAUAAAAUCUGAUUAGUUUGGAGAACUUUGACCCAGUUGAAGUGAAAUAAUCUUAUAAAGUUUAAUUUUAGUUUUAUCUGUCAGGUUUGAGAUUUAAGGAACGCCAGGAAGGAGGAAAACCACAGAAGAAGAAGACGGUUUGGUGUUUCUUCCAUCAACACCAGGAUCUAUCAUCCAGAAAAUCUCCACUAAACCGAUGAGAUUAUUUCCAGCAUGAAUAAUUUUCAUCUGGGAUUUACAGGAGAUUUAUGCUGCUUUAAUGGCUCAUCCUGACAAACUCAGACAGGAAGUCAUUAAAUCAGACUUCCUGUGAUUAAUCAUCCCACAUCCUGAACUCGUUUUGCUUUUCAUCCAGAAACAAACAGAACCGAUUCGGCUCUGAGACUCGUGAUGAUGAUGAGGAGGUUCAUCUUCAUCGUGUUUUCUCUUCAUCGAUCCAAUGGCUGCUGGAUUAUUUACUCUGCGGGGCGUCACAUCGAUUUCCUUCCCCUCUUCUGUUUCCUGUCCAGAUCUCACCAACGCUUUAAACUUAUUUUAGCUUAAAGAUAAAUAAAU